UCUCUUGAAAGCAUCCAGAUUAUUGGCCUCCACUGCCUUCUGAGGCAGAGAAACACAGAUGCACAACUCUUUGGGUGAAAAAGCUUUUCCUAAUCUCUGUUCUAAAUGGCUUACUCCUUAUUCUAAACUGGAGCCCCUGGUUCUGGAUUAUUAAUUUAUUGAAAAGAAUUGAAGUAUACUAAACAGAAAGGUACACAAAGGAUGAUAACAGAUUUUAUAAGAAAUCAGAGUGAAAGCUCUAUUCUGUGGAGAGUGAAUCAGUUAAGGUUUCAGUCAUUGAUUCUUCGUUAGGUCAAUGACCCAAAAUUUUAACUAGCUCUUCUCCACAGAAUGUCAUAUGACCUGAAUACUGGUUUUAUUACACAUUUCUAGCAUCUGCAGUAUUUGAUUUUCAAAUGAAUCAAAGGACCCAUUUGCAAAAUUGGCUUCUAUUCAAAACGCAAAAUGAAAUUGAAGAGAGUAAUUUAUAUUUACAUCCUUGGAGCAAAUUAUGAUCCAUAAUAGCAAUUUAUUGAUACAAAUUUUAUCCAGGCAUUGAAGUGAACUGCUCACCAGCAUUCCGUCACGGAAAUGGAUAAACGCAUUGGACUGCAACGCCAGACUUUUAACGUUACAACAAAGUCAGUUCAAAUUGUCGACAGAAGUUAGAGGCAGAGGAUUUUAACUCACAGAUCCUCCUUUACUGCAGUCUACCCUCCGACAGAAACCUUCCAACUGCAGAGAUUGCUGGACAGAAGCGGAUAAGCAAUUGCAAUAUUAAAUGGCUUUAAAACAUCCCUGCCAAAGGCCCACGUCGACAGAUCACGGACAAAAUCAAAGGUUCAGACAGCUUGGAGUUCAUUAGUGCAGGGGACAAUGACUUUCCUCCAAGCUGCAAAAAACUCAAGACUGAAAAGGAUCCCCAGGUAGGCGUUGAGGCAGUGGGUCACCAAGAAGAAUCUCCUGCUAGGCCGCCCAAUGUGUCCAGACACCGUCAUGAUGCUUCCUUUCGACAAACGAAUGGCUUUGUGAAUCACAGCCAUCUGGAGGCAAGCGUGGAAGUUAUGCUGGAAGAAGACUGCGGUUUUGAGGAAUCGUCCUUGUAUUGUGAAAGGCUCAGCAAAACCAAAGUGCCGGAUGAUGGGAAACUCUACAAAUGUUCCUACUGUAGCUACACAACUGACCAGUCGGACAAAUUGAAGCAUCAUUUCCUGAUUCACGAAGGCCAGAAGGCUUCAAGGGACGUCACUGCACCUGACGGAUUGGAAGCCCAGUCACAGAAAAAGUCCUACAAAUGCACCUACUGUCAUUUUGCCUGUGAUCAUAUGAUCACCUUAACGCGACACAAGAGGCAGCACAUGAGCAAGCCUUUAAUGGAUAAAAAAGGGAGCACUGUUUCUAAGAAACCUGUUUCCUCUCAGGCAGACUGUGACAAGACCACCAUGGAAAGUGAAAAGAAGUUUUACAAUUGCUCAUAUUGCAAUUAUACAUCAUCUUUGAUGGGGAAUCUACAGCGCCACAUCCGUAUCCACCUUGGAGAAAAGCCCUUCAAGUGUGACCAGUGCUACUAUGCAACUGGCCAGUCAGGAAACUUGAAGCGUCACAAACUAACUCAUACACAGAAAAGAUCUUACGCUUGCAACCAGUGUGACUAUGCAUCUGGUCAGAUGGGCAAUCUCAAACGUCACAUGCUGACGCACUCACGGAAAAAGAGCUUCAAAUGCAGCCAGUGUGACUACGAAGGCGAAAGUAUGGCUGACUUAAUGAGGCACAAACAAAACCACAAGGAUGACAAAGCUUUCUUGCAAAACAAUGAACCAGACACAACUGCAUUAAACAAGAAUGACGAGAAGCCUUAUAAGUGUUUGUAUUGUAGCUAUGCCUCGCCACUGUUGGGGAACCUCCAGCGACACAUGCGUAUCCACCUCGGAAAAAAGCCCUUCAGGUGCGACAAAUGUGAUUAUUCCUCCUCUCAGACGGGGAACCUGAAACGCCACAAGCUGACGCACACACGUGAGAAAAUAUUUAAAUGCCGCCACUGUGGCCACAUCUGCAGUAACUUGAUAGAUUUAAAACGGCACAAAGUGACUCACUUAAAGGAUAAGCCCUUACAAGAUGAUGAAAAAGCUCCAGAGAACAAGCGAGGCGUCAGCGAUGAACUCUCGGCCCUUACUCCCAUUCAAGCUGAAACGGGCACUGGGGAUAAAAAUCCUUACGAAUGUUCGUAUUGUGAUUACACGUCGUUAUUGGUGGGAAACCUCCAAAGGCACACUCGCAUUCAUCUUGGAGAGAAGCCCUUCAAAUGCGACCAAUGUGACUAUGCAACCUAUCAGUCUGGGCACCUCAGGAGACACAGACAGACACACGUGCACAAAAGAUCACUGAGGUGCCGCUUUUGUGACUAUGUCUGUGGGAAUGUGAGAGAAGUAAAGCAGCACCAACAAGAGCACACCAAGAAAACUGGAAGCGGAGACAAGAAGCCUUUCAAAUGCACACACUGCAAUUAUGUGUCUUCUUUAUCAGGGAACCUGCAACGGCACAUCCGUAUCCACUUGGGAGAAAAACCCUUUAAAUGUGACCAAUGCGAAUAUGCAUCCCACCAGUCGGGAAAUCUCAAGCGUCACAUAUUAACUCAUUCUCGGCCCAAGUCCUUCAAAUGUGGCAUCUGCUACUGUACCUGCGGCAGCGCCGCGGGGCUAAAGGAACACAAGGAGAAUCACAUCAAGAAAGAAUUUCUGGUGCAGGAAGACGAGGAUGGGAUUGGGAAAACCCAGGAGCGUUAUUCCUGCAAGCUGUGUAGCUUUGUCUCAGAAUAUCCCGGUCAUCUCAUGCGCCACAUGAAAACUCACAACUCGGAGAAGCCAUACAAGUGUCACUACUGUGCAUAUGCGACAGUACAACAGGGCAAUCUGAAACGGCACAUAUUAAUCCACACUGGGGAAAAGCCCUUCCAGUGCGACGAGUGUAGUUACACCUGUAGCCGGAUGGAGAAUUUGAAACGGCACAAGCAAAUCCAUGUGGAAAAUACAUUGCCGGAAGAAGGGGAAGGCAGCAGUUCGUUGAAAUCCAAGAAUCCCUUUCCUUGCGAAUUGUGCAACUUUAAAGCCCAGUACCCCAGCAUCCUUGCAAGGCACAUGAAAACUCACACAGAUGAGACAGGGAAAGCAGAGGGGGCCGAAAGUGUCUGCCCGGAUGAAAAGCCCUUUCGGUGUGACCAGUGCACCUACUGUACCUGCAGUACGACCAGCUUGAAGGAGCAUUUGCAGAGCCAUGUGGAUGGUGCAGUGGCACAAGAGUGCAAGGAAGAACACAACACUGAAAAUGCCCCGAAGCAUUUUUCUUGCAAUCUGUGUGACUUCAUCACCAACGAUCCAGAGGACCUAAUGAGACACAUAAAAACCCACAGCACAGGCUCUGCACUCGGUGAUCUCCACACCGCUUCCACUGAGGUACAUACAUGUCAAAGCAGUGAGAACAUCUUCUCUUGCAAGUUGUGCAAUUUUGUUACACAGUACCCCAACCACUUCAUAAUGCACAUGAAAAUGCACAUGAAAACUCACAGCACAAACAAUAGUGAAUACCAGUGUUCCCAUUGCAACUAUACCACCAAGCAAAGUGGGAACUUUAAGCGCCAUAUCCAGGUUCACUUGGGUGUAAAGCCAUAUAAAUGUAAAAAGUGCGACUAUGCUUCAAUUAAUUUUGCAAACUUGAAGCGGCACUUGCAGACCCAUAUGAAACAAACAUCUAACCAAAUCAAUCUCCCCUCUUCUGAUACUGUUGAUCAGGCACAAAAGAACAUAAAAAAGGAGAAAGAUGACAAUGUAGAUUCGCAGGAAGAUAGCUCUGAAAAUAAUGACAAACCUCCCAGCUGUGCUUCAAGACAUUUAAAACGGAAGAGGCAGCAUAAAUGUCCCCAUUGCCCAUACAAGACCAUCGAGCUGGGGAACCUCAACAGACACGUCAGGAGCCACAGAGGAGAGAAACCCUUUAAAUGCACUCAGUGUAACUAUGCUUCCACCCAAAUGGUCAACGUCAAACGACACCUUCUAACUCACACGGGAAAGAGGUUCUACCAGUGCACGGAGUGCGAGUUUCUGUGCGAGAGCAAGGUGGCCUUUAAACUCCAUAAGCAGAAUCAUAUGGAAAGUUUAGAGAUAAAGAAGGAAGGGGAGAAUGAGAAUGGCCUUGGCAAAGAACAGAAAUUCUUCUCUUGCGAGUUGUGCAAUUUUGUCUCUCAGUACCAGAGCAACCUCAUAAGACACAUGAACAUACACAACUACAGGAGGCCAUACAAAUGCUCACAGUGUAACUAUGUCUCUGCCCAACAGGGCAAUCUGAAGCGACACAUGAGGAACCAUCUGCAGAGAGAAACCUUCCAAUGUGAACAGUGCAACUAUUCGUGUGCUUCCAUGACCAACCUCAAACGACAUGCCAGGGUUCAUACAAGUCCAAUUGUGCAAUAAAGGGAAAGCUUGCGUUGGAAAGGUUAAAGAGCCCUGUUCAACGGGUUAGAUUGUUGUGAUGGGCAGCACUCUGCAUCCUACACUGACAUAAGGAGUAAUGCAGAGUUAGAUAUGUUUUACUGUGGAUUAUCCCAGUAUAUAACUAAAAGGUGCAGUGAUGGACUCUUGCAAGCCAUCCAGUACAAGCAACAUCAAGAGACUAAAGGGACUUGUUUGGGAUAAAAUGGUAUUAAUUUUGGGGACAAGCAUUGGUGGUGUGCCACUUUACAACCAUACUUGAAAUCAUUGUAAAUCUUAAAAAUACAUUGGUGUGAACAUAAGUUCUGAUUGUUUAACCCACAUUAGAGUGAAGCUCUCUUCCGGCCUCUUUGGAAUGUUCACUUGUCUUAAGUAGAUUCUUGGUUAAAACUGCCAAUUUUCGAUCAAAGUGAAAACCAGAGGCUAUAACUUUCACUGAAAAAAAAUCAAAGUAAAGUAGAUAUCAGGUAGACUUCAAAUCGAAAGGUGAUAAACGUUUGGUUAUAUCAUAGCAAAAAAAAAAAAUAGAAGGGGUAUUCAUGAUAAUUGUUAAAACGGGGCCAUUGGGAUACAGGAGGAAAGCUGAUUUUUCCAAUUGCAUCCACGUCUUAUGUUUGUUUAAAAUUAUGUAAAUAGGUCUUAAGAGGUAAAUAACCUAUUGAAUGUACAUUAGCAGAUUGGAGAUGCUGCACAUCCAUAUUAAUCUAGCAGUGAUCAUUGACUGGCUAAGUAGACAAAGCUGUACACCUAUUUCUUUUUCUUGAGGGGCUGAGCCUUUUGUCUUUCCCAGGAUUACUACAGUCGUUUUACACUGGGGUUGUUGAUUUAGUUUAAAUUUGAGCAGAGUGUUCAAUCACAUUAAAUACUAAAGCAUGGGUUGUAAUUAUUUUUUUGAUAAUUUAUAUAUUUAGUAAUGAUUAGAGAACAUUCAUUAUUAUGUGCUUCUGAAUUUCAUCUGAAUCUGUCACCGUAACAAACUGCUUAUAUAAGUUUGUCCACGAAAUGCCACUUUAUUGUUUGUGCGUGUCAUUCAAAUUUCCUUAAACUUUCCAAUGAAUUAUAAAUGUAGCCAAUUUGGACACGAUCCCUUAAAAGUGAAUUCAAUCUUGGUUUUAUUACAAUUUAACAUUUCUGGUUUUGUUCUUAUUGCACCAGAAUUAGAAUAUGCAUUUCAGGUAGUAAGACAAAAAAAACUUAAGUAGAGAAUGUAGAAACAAGGAACUGCAGAUGCUGGUUUACAAUAAAAGAGACAAAGUGCAGGAGUAACUCAAUAGGUCAGGCAGCAUCCCUGGUUGGGUGAAGUUUUGGGUCUGGACCCAUCUCAGACUGUGGGGAGGGAAAGAAAGCAAGAUGAAAGCCUUGCUUUCUUUGCCCCACCGUCACCAUCAGACUGAAAAACGGUCCUGACCUGAAAGGUCACCUAUCCAUGUUCUCCAUGGAUGCUGACUGACCUGAAUUACCCCAGCACUUUGUGGGUUUUUUAAGAUAAAAAUAAAUAUUGGUCUGGUUGUAGUGCAGGGAUUCCCUUUAGUGCAAUAUCACUGUGACAUGAAAUGCAUAAUUGUGGGAAACAAUUUGGACUGCAGAACUGAAGAUGCAAAUUCUCUUGCAGUUACGUAGGAGAAUGCAAAAUGCCCGUUACACUGGAAGCAAAUUAAAUCUGCUGAUUAGGUUUUGGUAAAACCUUUUUCAUUUUUGUCAUUGAAAGUUGCAAAUAUUUCACGGAUUGUAGUUUAAUUUAGUUUGCAAAUGCUCCUGGUAAAUCAGGAUGUACAAUGGAGGAAAAAACAUAGCAGAAACCGGUUUGCAAUUGUAAUUUCAGUCUUUCGAAACGCUAUUCUCUCUGUCGCUCUGCACUUCAUAUCGUUCGGACUUGUUGAAUUUUCCAUGUUACAAGGCAAUAGAAACUACAGGUGCGGAUUUGGAAAAUAAAUUAUUUCGCAAGACAUUGAGACUUUCCAGAAACAAUGUUUGUAUCAAAUGCCAUUUUUUUUGCUUUGUUUGGCAUAAAGUUGAUCAAUUAA